AUGGCGGAGCUUGUGGUUGGGAUUUCCAGGACGGCGGUGCAGCUGUUGGCGGACAAAGUCAAAUCCGCCAUCAAGGAGGAAGCAGAGCAGUGGAAGAUCGUGCAGCGCGACCUGGCGUUCAUCACGGGAGAGUUCGAGAUGAUGCAGUCCUUCCUUGACAGCGCCAGUGAGGAGCGUGUCAAGAACCAGAUUGUGAGGACCUGGGUGCGGCAGGUCCGCGACCUGUCCUACGAUGUGGAGGACUGUAUUGAGUUCGUCCUCCACCUCGACACAACAAAGAGGUCCUGGUGGCUCCGGCUGCUGCCGUCCUGUUCUGGUGGCAAGACGGGAGCUGAGCUGCCGGUGGACGAAGCAGUCGCCGAGACGACGCUGCUCAGGGCUCGGGUGGUGGAUGUGAGCCAGAGGAACAUACGCUACAACCUUAUUGCUGACUGCGCCUCCAAACCCGCCAUGGAUCUUGUGCAAAAGGCAGCUUCCUCCAGCAAAAGUUCAUUUGACUUUCUUGUCAAUGCCGUCAAGAAGACUGGCCACUUGGAUCUCACCGGAUUGAUCACUAGGGAAGACAGAGACCUUCAUGUGGUCUCCGUCUGCGGAACAGAAGGUGAUCUUGUGAAUGUAGCCAUCGUCAGGAAGAUGUACGGUGAUGCAAGAAUCCACAAGGAAUUCCAGUGUCGCGCCUGGGUGAAGCUGGUGCAUCCCUUCAAUCCUCAUGAAUUUAUUCGAAGCAUGAUGACUCAGUUCUUGACGCACUCUUGCCAAGAACAAGAACAAGUAAUCGUGGGUCUAGACGCGCUGGCGAGGAUGCAGGCCACUCAGGAUGAUCUCGAUCUCAUCAACGAAUUGACUCAGAAGAUCAACACACAUAGGUACCUCAUCGUCCUGGAAGACCUAAGCACCAUGGUACAGUGGGAUGCCAUCAGCUCCUACCUACCGGAUAGGAAGAAAGGGAGCCGGAUUGUGGUGUUGACCCACCAUCCGGUGGUUGCAAGCCAAUGUACUGGGGAGCCGUGCCGAGUUUCAGAGCUUGGGCACCUUUCACCAGGCCACUCUGUCGGCGUCUAUUACCAUGAGGGUUUCCAACAUGAUAGAGUCCAAUCGUUUAUGAAGCCAUCAGAACCCCACCAUUCAUUGUUUCUUGGGCGUGACACCGAAAUGGAUGAACUUUUUAAGAAGACCCAGGAAAACCGGCUUAUUUCUGUGUGGGGGAUGCCUGGUGUUGGAAAAUCAGCUCUCAUCAAAGCCAUAUAUGAUGGCAAACUCAGGACUAGAGGUCGAUACGAUAGGCAUGCUUGGGUCAGUGUAUCCCAUCCGUUCAGUCCAACUGACUUCUGUCGCAGCUUACUUGUAAGUUUGUAUAUGGAGCCAACUUCUUCGGAGGGAAAAUAUGCAAAGGCACUUCGAGCCGAAGAUCUCAUAAGUGUGUGCCGGGAUCAUAUAAGUAAAUGUGUGUGCCUUGUUGCAAUUGAUGGUGUGCAGUCAAAUGAAGACUGGGAUUGGAUAAAAUCUAACUUGAUACAAUAUGGAGACUCUAGAAGUUGUAUCAUUAUCAUUACUUCAGAAGAAAGUGUUGCCAAACAUUGUGCAGUAUCUAUUGAUGGAGUGUACAACGUCAAAGGUCUACAUGCCACUGCUGCCAAGGAGCUAUUCAUAAAGGCGCUCGAUGAGGAAGGAUGGUUUCUGAAACUGGAAGAGUACAAGGUGGAAGAAGCAGCCAAACUUCUUUUGUCUAAGUGCGGUGGACUUCCCAGAGUUUUAAUUACCGUGGCAAGAUACUUGGCUAGCAAACCAAAAGAUGUGUUCCAAGAGGCGAUGAGGCGUCUGAAUGACAACUUUAUGAACGAGCUAAUGAGCAACAAGGAGUUUGAUUCGUUGCGAGACAUACAAGCCUGGUUGCAUUCCUAUUUGCAUGCUUGCCCUCGCCACCUCAAGAAAUAUAUGAUGUAUCUAUCAAUCUUUCCUCAAGACAUCAUCAUUCGGCGGAGGCGUUUGAUCAGGCGAUGGAUCGCCGAGGUCUACUCCAAAGGCACCGACAGCAAUAGCACGGAGAAGUACGCAGAGAAGAUUUUCGAUGAGGUUGCGGCACUGAGCAUCAUGCAGCCAGUACUGCUGGAGGCAACCAAGGUGAUUGGGUACCGAGUCAACGGCUUCUUCCGUGAGUACGUCUUGUUAGCGCCAGUGGAAGAGACCAUUUUCUUUCCAGUGGAAGUCUCUGCACUGGAGAAGCAGGGGCAGGGGCAGGGGCAUGCCCGCCUGACCACAGAAGGCACAGGACAGCACCUAGCCAUCGGGAGCACCUGGGAUAUCGACCAAACUGAGAUCGAGAAUUUGAACUUCUCACGGCUACGGUCGCUGACAGUUUUUAAUAGAAUUAUUUUGCCAUUACACGUCUCGAACAGGAUGCGGGUGCUUCGGGUGCUGGAUCUAGAGAAUGCAUUGGAGGUACGUGAUGGUCACUUCGAGAAGAUUGGGAAGCUGCCAUCUCGUCUCAAGUUCCUGUCCCUAAGAGGACAGAGUGGAAUCACUCGGCUACCAGACUCCGUGGGUGAGCUGGUGCUGCUGCAAACUCUGGAUAUCAGAGACACAUCCAUUCACAAGCUGCCACCAUUCAUCACCAGGUUAAGGAAGCUGCAGUAUAUUCGUGCAGGUACCACCGUUGCAUGGACGGAUGAAGACAUUAUUAGCUCAUCUCAUGAUGCGGAGCAGGGAUCGACGCCGCCAUCAAGUAGCAGGUGGCGCACUCUGGCGUCCUGCUUGCCCAACAAGUUCCUCAGACGUGCAGGUGGACCUGUUGUUGGCUCUCGCAGUGGUGGUGUUGUGGUGCCUAGAGGGAUUAAGAGACUGGAAGCCUUGCAAAUGGUGGGUGCCGUCUGUGUAAAUACUGCAGACGGGGAGGCCAUUCUGGCUGAGAUUGUUUCCCUUCCCCAGUUGAAGAAACUCGAAAUCUCUGGCAUCAGUGGCAAACAGGGAAGAUUUUCUUUUCAUUACAAUUUAAGCUUCAAGAAACAUUUGGAAUCCUUGACACUGCAGUUCGAGAAACACAACCAUUUCGUUCAUUGGCAAGACAUCUCCUUUCCCACAAACCUACGGAGCCUCAAGAUGUACGGCCAUGUAGAGGAGCUGCCAGGGGACAUCAAGAAUCAUGAUAAUCUGGUGAAGCUGACAUUAGAGAUGACUACACUGUUCACAGCAGAGGUCAUAGAGGUCCUCGGGAGCAUACCAAAUCUGCAGACUCUACGCCUCCGCGUCAACAAGGAUCAAGAUGGUGAGCUCCAAUUUCCCUCUACUGAACAUUAUUUCAGGAAACUCCAGGUCCUCGAGAUUGCCUGCAAAUCCAAGUUGCAUCUAAGGUUUCACGAGGGUGCGAUGCAGAAACUUGAACAUCUGAAUCUCCACUGCCUUGAAGGGUCAGAGAUGCAGUUUUCUGGGCUAGAGCACCCAGUUUCCCUCAACCAAGUAUGGCUUCUGGGUUCCUUCGACUACGCACUCGAGAGAGGACUGCAGCAUCAGCUUGUGAAGCAUCCCAAGAUACCAGCUCCGAGAUGGAGGCUCAGCCCUUCAUCUUAG